CCACCGGACUGUCAGUCCCGCAGCGGAGCCACUCGGCUCAGUAGCCACACGGAGCCGAACAUGACCGACAUCCAGAGCCGGUCCGGGACCGAACCGGACCAGCUGGUCUUCUUCGUUAACGGAAAGAAGGUGGUGGAGAAGAACCCAGAUCCAGAGAUGAACCUGCUGACAUUCCUGCGGAGAAAACUGGGUUUAACAGGAACCAAGCUGGGUUGUGCUGAAGGUGGAUGUGGAGCGUGUACUGUCAUGUUGUCCAGAUACCAACCAGACACCCAGAAGCUGCUUCAUUUCUCCGUUAAUGCCUGCCUCGCCCCCAUCUGCUCACUACACCUGGUUGCCGUGACAACGGUGGAGGGAAUUGGCAACGUGGCCAGAAAGCUCCACCCUGUUCAGGAGCGAAUCGCCCAGUCUCACGGCUCUCAGUGUGGAUUCUGUACUCCAGGAAUCGUCAUGUCCAUGUACGCUCUGCUGAGGAACCAGCCCAGACCCAGGAUGGCCGACGUGGAGGAGGCCUUCCAGGGGAAUCUGUGUCGCUGCACCGGAUACCGACCCAUCCUGGAGGGGUUCAAGACCUUCACUGUGGAGGGGGCGUGCUGUAGAGGCAGAGGGCGGGACAAUGGCUGCUGUCUGACCAAUGGGAGUGCAGCUGAGAAGCUCUCUGAUGAUGAAGCUCCGCCCCUUUUUAACGCCGCCAAGUUCAUGCCCCUCGACCCGACGCAGGAAGUUAUCUUCCCCCCUGAGCUCAUGACUCUGUCCAAAGCUCAGAGGUCACAGUCGCUGUGUUUCCAUGGCAACCGGUUGACGUGGUUUCAGCCGACCAGUUUGGAUGAAUUUCUGCGUCUGAAAUGGAAACACCCCAACGCCCGAGUGGUGGUGGGCAACACGGAAGUGGGUAUUGAGAUGAAGUUUAAGAACAUGGUUUAUCCGGUAAUCCUUUCUCCGACCUUCAUCCCUGAACUGAACGCUGUGACUCAUACUGAAGACGGAAUCAUGUUCGGAGCAGCAUGCACUCUGAGCCUCAUGGGGGCGACACUGAGGCAGGCGGCCGACACUCUUCCUCCUCAUCAGACCCAAGUCUUCCUCGCCGUCCUGGAACAGCUGCGAUGGUUCGCCGGACAGCAGAUCCGAAACGUGGCGGCCGUUGGGGGGAACAUCAUGACUGCCAGCCCCAUAUCGGACCUGAACCCUGUGUUUAUGGCAGCAGGCUGCAGACUCACACUGAUGGACAAAGACGGUAGCCGGGAGGUUCAGAUGGAUGAUGGGUUCUUCACAGGUUACAGGAGAACCAUUCUGAGACCGCAGGAAGUCCUGAUCUCCAUCCACAUCCCAUACAGCAGGAAGAAUCAGUUCGUCUCCGCCUUCAAACAGUCUCCACGCCGUGAGGAUGACAUCAGCAUCGUCACCGCGGCGAUGAGCGUCACCUUCACAGCGGGGACGAGUGUGGUGGAGGACCUGAGGCUGAGCUACGGCGGCAUGGCACCCACCACAGUGCUGGCCAAUAGGACGGCCAGAUGCCUGCUGGGAAGGCCGUGGGGGGAGGACCUUCUGCAGGAUGCCUGCUCCUCAUUGGCUGAGGAGAUGAGCCUGGACCCGUCGGCGCCAGGUGGCAUGGUGAUGUACCGGCGGACUCUGAGCCUCAGCCUGUUCUACAAGUUCUACCUGACGGUGCUGCAGAAGCUGCGACUGCAGGGCGUUGCCGUGGACGACGUGUCCCCAGACUGUCUGACAGCUACAGAGGUUCAUCAUCUGGAGACGCCGACCAGCGUCCAGAUCUACCAGGCGGUGCCAGAGGGGUGGAGCCAGGACGACGUGGUGGGCCGUCCCAUAAUGCACCUGUCGGCCAUGAAGCAGGCCACAGGUGAGGCUGUUUACUGUGACGACGUGCCGCUGUACGAGAACGAGCUCUACCUGGCCCUCAUCACCAGCACCAAGGCCCACGCUCGGAUCCUGUCGGUCGAUGCGUCGGCAGCAGAGAACUCUCCCGGCGUCGUUUGCUGCCUGUUUGCCACCGACGUUCCCGGCAGUAACGCCACCGGACCAAUCGAAUACGAUGAGACUGUGUUCGCCGACGGCCAGGUGACCUGUGUGGGACACAUCAUCGGCGCCGUGGUGGCCGACACCCAGCUCCAUGCUCAGAGAGCCGCCAAAGCCGUCAGGAUCGAGUACGAGGAGCUGCCGCCGGUCAUCACCAUCCAGGAGGCCAUUGCCACCCAGUCCUUCUAUCAGCCAAUCAGAACCAUCCGGAAGGGAGACCUGGAGGUGGGGUUUAAACAGGCCGACCACAUCCUGGAAGGUGAGAUUCACAUCGGAGGUCAAGAACAUUUCUACCUGGAGACCAACGUCACUCUGGCUGUUCCCAAAGGAGAAGACGGCGAGAUGGAGCUGUUCGUGUCCACGCAGUCGGCCUCCAAAACACAGGCGCUGGUGGCCAAGGCGCUGGGUGUCCCCGCUAACCGGGUGGUGGUCCGGGUGAAGAGGAUGGGCGGUGGUUUUGGCGGGAAGGAGAGUCGGACCACCCUGUUGUCCACUGUGGUUGCUGUGGCAGCGAACAGGCUGAAGAGGCCGGUCAGGUGCAUGUUGGACCGAGACGAGGACAUGUUGGUCACUGGAGGACGACACCCCUUCUAUGGGAAAUACAAGGUCGGGUUCCUGGACAGCGGGAAGGUGGUGGCUCUGGACGUGUCCUACUACAGUAAUGCUGGAAACUCCAAGGACCUGUCCCUGUCGAUCAUGGAGCGUGCUCUGUUCCACAUGGAGAACUCGUACAGCGUGGCCAACGUCUGCGGCCGUGGCUUCGUGUGUCAGACCAACCUGCCGUCCAACACCGCCUUCAGGGGUUUCGGGGGGCCGCAGGGAAUGAUGGUGGCCGAGAGCUGGAUCACUGAUGUGGCUCAGAGUCUGGGCCGCUCAGCCGACGAGGUGCGUCGGUUGAACCUGUACAAGGAAGGCGAACUGACGCCCUACAACCAGGUCCUGGACCACCUGACCCUGGACCGCUGCUGGGACGAGUGUUUGUCCCGCUCUGGAUACCAGCAGCGCCGAGCCGCCAUCGACCUGUACAACAGACAGAACCGCUGGACCAAGCGUGGCCUCGCUGUGGUUCCUACCAAGUUUGGCAUCAGCUUCACCGCCGUCUUCCUCAACCAGGCUGGUGCUCUGGUUCACAUUUACACCGACGGCUCAGUUCUGCUGACCCACGGAGGAACUGAAAUGGGACAAGGACUCCACACCAAGAUGGUCCAGGUUGCCAGUCGGGUUCUGGGGAUCCCGUGUUCAAAGAUCCACAUCUCAGAGACCAGCACCAACACAGUGGCCAACACCAGCCCAACCGCCGCCUCCGCCUCCUCCGACCUGAACGGCGCCGCGGUGCUGAACGCCUGCCAGAUGCUGGUCCAACGCCUGGAACCGUACAAGGCCAAGAACCCCAAAGGAUCAUGGGAGGACUGGGUGAAAGCAGCGUAUUUCGACAGAGUCAACCUCAGUGCAAACGGGUUUUAUAAGACUCCAGAUCUCGGUUACGACUUUGAUUCGAACUCGGGCCGAGUGUUUAACUACUUCUGCUACGGAGUGGCCUGCUCCGAGGUGGAGAUCGACUGUCUGACUGGAGCUCACAAGAACCUGAGCAGCACCAUCGUGAUGGAUGUCGGUAACAGUCUGAACCCGGCCAUUGACAUCGGACAGGUGGAGGGAGGCUUCAUGCAGGGUUUGGGUCUCUUCACCCUGGAGGAGCUCCAUUAUUCUCCUCAUGGCGUCCUCCUCACUCGGGGUCCAGGUUCCUACAAGAUCCCAGCCUUCGGCGACAUCCCGACCCAGCUGACAGUGUCGCUGCUGCGUGACGCCCCCAACCAUAAAGCCGUGUUCGCCUCCAAGGCUGUAGGUGAACCUCCGCUCUUCCUGGCGGCGUCCGUUUUCUACGCCAUCAAAGACGCCGUCAGCGCCGCCCGGUCCGAGUCGGGCCUCAGCGGUCCCUUCAGGCUGGACAGUCCCGCCUCGGCCGAGAGGAUCCGCAACGCCUGCAGCGACUGGUUCACCAAACUGUGUCCUGCUGCUGGACCCGGAACCUUCCAGCCCUGGUCUGUUCAGGUGUAGGACAGAAAACCAGCAACACCAUCAACAACACGUCUUCAUAAAGGACAACUGAACAGGAAGCAGAGUUCUCCCUUCACUGUAAAAGCACGUUAAUCCUGAUAAAAGAUGUGUGUCAGUUCUAAAGAACUAAUCGGUAACUGAAGAUUCACUCACUGAUAUAGAAUUAAUCACCCAGAGUUCAUUAAAAGCUCUUCACUGAUGUGUUCUUAUUUUACUGUUACUGUUAUUGAAUUUGUUGCUGCAGUUUAUUUUCUCAUCAUAUUUGUAAAAUAAAUCUGAAUGAAAUGAUGGUUCUGUGAUUAUGAAAUAAAACUUUUAGAACUUCA